UUCCCCCUUUCAGCCCCAAAUCCCUAUCUCCAAAUCCCUCUCCCUCUCCCGCUUUUGAGAGAAAAUCCUGAUCCCCACCUCGCUCAACUUCUUCCCCAAAUUCAAACUCAAUCCACCAUCGUGAAGCUCGCCCUCUCUCCUUGUUCCCAUCAAAACCCUAACCCUACUCUCUCCAAAACCUCCUCCAAUGUCUCCCCUCCCUCACUCCCCUCUCAACGAUGGCCAGCCCUAACUCCAAAACCCUUACCCUAAAACCCUCGGCCUCCACCUCCUUCACCGAAGAGCGCCUCCGCGAAUACAAUCGCCGCCGCCAAGCAUCCUCCUCCUCGAACCCCUACCUCUACCUCCGUAGCCUAGGCCUCAGCCCCGGCCGUGAGAGCUUCGCCUCCUCCGCUCGAACCUCGGCCUCCUCCUCCUCCGUCCUUCUCAUGAUCCAGGAGUGGACCCCGUCCUGCCUCCUCCUUCUCCAUUGUUUUGAAAUCACAGUAGUUUCUCUCUCUCUCUCUCUCUCUCUCUCUCUCUUUUUGCGGCAGAUUCGGAUGAAUCUAGGGGUUUCAGGUGAAAUCAAUGAAUACAACAACUUUCCCCGCAAACAAUCAGCAGUAAGGGAAGGUGUUUCUUUGCUGCUUGAGCUUAUUGAUACCUAUGAUGGCAUGAUGGUUCCUGCAUCUAGGAAGAAGCCUGACUUUGAUCCUGUGAUUACUGCUUUACUGGAUCCUAUAAUUCAGGCAUGCAUGAUGGUGGGGCUGAAGGGAAUCGUUCCAAGAAGGUGAAAAGCGAAGAUACAUGCAAUCAUUCUGACAAAGGCGAGGAAGAUGUUAAAGAGGAAGAGGCAAGGAAGAAUAGGCUUGGGCUUAAUAAGAAGAGUGGUGAUGAUGAUGAGUUGAUUGCGAAGGGAAAAUCCUAUGUGAAUUCGUGUAAAUAAUUGAUGUAAAAGUUUGUAAACAAUUUUUUUUCAGUAUUUUGGUGAAUGUAUUAUUAGAAUAUAAUUAGAUUUGA